ACCCCCGAGGGUGGAGAUCAGCAGCACCGCCGGGGCGUCUCUCUUCUCCCCGCGGCCCCCGUGCGCAGGAGGCGGCCUAUUUGACAGCCAGAGCGCUGCACCCCAGUUGUAGUUCAGUUGCGUUUCCGGCCCAUGAUGUUGAUCGACAUGCAAGCGAUGGCCUCCCUGCUGUUGCGCACCCUGGCUCCAGCCCGCCUCCUGAACUGCCCUGCAGCCUCCCGCUCAUACUUCUCCUGGCUGCCAGCCCGUUUGCAAACCGCCAGUCCGUUGCAGGCCCACACCGCCUCCCAUCUGGGCCCUGAGAAUCUGCUGUGUUUUCUCACAAAACACCCGCUUCCCAUCCUGCAGCCUGUUGCCAGCUUCAAAAGCAAAGUGGCUCUCAAAAAGCGGUGCAAGGACUGCUACUUCGUCCGCAGACGGGGCCGUCUGUACGUGUACUGUAAAACUCAUCCUAGGCACAAGCAGAGGAAGCUGUAACUCAGCUGCCUGAUGGGGGAGAGUCACAAGUCAGCCAUUUUCACCAGUUGAUCCUUUCUGCAGAAAGCGUAUGACUUUUGCACAAAUUACAACCGUGAGAAAUAUGGAAUUAAUUAUUCAGGUUGCAAGUUCUGCCAUAUGGUAUGAUAAGCCUUAAAAGAAAAAAAGAUUGAUUUGUUUUAAAAGGAUUACUAGAGUGCUGUGUUUUAUUUAUUAUUUAUGUAUUCUUUCGAUUUAUUAGUCACCCUCCCCUGAAGGGCUAUUUACAUCAAAUAUUUUUGUUCAACAGAUGCUGGUAAAUUCAUACUUUCAAUCUGAAUUCAAUUCUUGAUUUCAGUAGGACUUCCAGACAAUAUGUUUAGGAUCAUAGUGUCAAAACAAAGCAUAUGACCCAGCCAAACAUUAUGCACCCUUAUUUUCCAUGUGGUUAACUCUCCCUUGUUAAAAUAAACAAUUACGUCGUUGUUCUCAGAA